AUGUCUGAUCAAAACAGUCAUCCAAAGACAUACGAAGAAUUGCGAAUCAACUACGAAUCCUACAUCGAAACAUCUAAUGCUUUGUAUCGUCUGAAAACAGAAAAUGAAGAAGAAAUAAACUCGAUUUACAAAAAGAUCAAGAUAGAGUUGAUUGAUUCAAUUAUUAAUUUUCCGCAAAAUUUAAUUGUAGACAUUUUAAAUAUUAUUCCGUACAAUAAUCGCUAUUUAAAGAUCAAUAUAAAAGAAUGCAAAUAUUAUAGCAAUUUUGAAUCACUUUUGGUUUAUUUCGAUCAAACAAAUGAUGUUGACCAAUGUUUUCUUUAUUCAUUUAAGUUCAAUAUCCAAUCCAUUUGGGAAUAUUUCCUUUCACAAGGUGCAAAUAUCAAUGCAAAAGAUGAUUGUAAUUUAACAAUUUUUGACUUUGCAGCACUUAAUAAUCCGAGCGAAGAAGCAAUCAAAUUUCUUAUCUCGCACGGGGCCAAUAUCAACAAAAAAGUUCGAAAUGGAGAAACACCUCUUCAUAAAGCAGCCAGAUAUAAUAGAAAAGAAACGAUAAAAAUACUUCCAUUUUUUAACUACUUUACAUGCAUUUAUUUAAUCUUUUUUUUGCACUUGAAUGAAAACCUUUUUAUUAUUAUUAUCAUAAAAUUUUAUUUUGCAUAA